CAGAAAAGAAAAAAAAAAUGAAAAAAUAUAAAUACACACACAAUGAAAACACAGAACGUUCAGUUGUUAACACACUCAAAAACAUACGCCGCUCGUGCAGUCGCCGCCAACCUCCAUUUGGCUCUGGUGUCUUGUGUUUGGUUAUUGAUUUGUGCUACUCAAUGGGGAUUCAUGUAUAGAGGACGAGACAACAAGAACAAGCUGAAUAGUAAGUCACAUAAUUGCAGCAUAAACAAUCCAUGGAGACAAACUUUGAUAGAGCCGAUUUUUGGUUAAUGUUCGAAAAGUUCAGAGAGCAGCAGUUCAAGAGCUUGGUGAGAAUGGCCUGAACUGCACAAGUAUAGGAACAUCUAUCAACUACAGAAAAUGUUGGUUGAAGGUUAUAAAUCUUUGAAGGCUGCAGAGGACAUUCCUGUUGAUAUACUUGAACUUUCACGAAGCAGGGACCUCAAGGUGGAGGCAAAAGAGGACCCUGAUGCCACUGAAAAUUCAAGCUCAUUUGCCGACACAAUUUCUGGAAAUGAAAAUGCUUCCAGUUUAAGCGAUGCUGAAGUUGAGUCACAGUUCAUUCCUGACAUUGAUUUGGCUCCUGCAUUUGAUGGAUUUGGCAGUGUCUUCCCAAUAAGGAAGAAAAAAUUGACUGCUCACUGGAGAAACUUCAUACAUCCUCUAAUGUGGCGAUGCAAAUGGACAGAGUUGAGAAUAAAGGAAUUAGAGUCACAAGCAUCAAAAUAUGCCAGAGAGGUUUCUGUAAUUGACCGUGAGAAACAUAUGCCGUUAGAUAAAACAACAGUGGAACAGUUGGGAUCAAAGUCGCUGCCAAUUCCACUUCAAAGUCGUAGAAAAAGGCCCAUGAAGAGGAGAAAAAGAAAGAGAGUGGAGAAUACAAGUGAUAUUACAACAUACAUGUCAAAUCAUAUCCUUUUCUCUGAACGAGAAAAUAAGAGACCUGAUCUGGAUGGAGUUCCUACAUGGGAGAAUAAUGACAAGCAUGCGGGCACCCGUGAUGAGUUUGGCCUUCACGAUGAUUAUUCAUUUCAUGAAGAAAAUGAUAAUAUCCUAGAGCAUAUCCUCAGGAAAAUCGAGCUAGUGCAUACUCGGGUUCAUAAAUUGAGGACUCAACUUGAUGUAGUUUUGAUAAAUAACGCUAGCAGGUUUUCUUCCUCUGAGAACUUGAGCCAACUUAUGGGAGGCGAUGUACGUAGCCCUACAUUCUCUGCUUGCAAUGGGGAUACAGUCUCGGUUGGGGGCCUGUAUACAUCAUCUCCUCCGUAUAUAGGGGACUAUGAUAUCGGGGAUUUUGUUUUACCCGACAGUGCAGUUUCUAGUUUUGGAGAGCCUAUCCCGAUUCCUGAUAUCAUUGAAAGCACCGUUGGACUACUGUCAUCUAUAGAUGUCACGCAGCAUCAAACCCAAAUCGGAGACUCGUCUGAAAAGAUUGUGGACAACAUCCUGAUACAAAAUGAGGCAGCAGAAGUUGAGGGCGCCUUCAAAUACAGCCACAACCAAUCAGCUGACAAGGCUCAGGACGCGGAACACAGUGGAGAGGAAGAGAGCAAUAACAAGGCCUCCAUCUUGGCUAUAGAGUCCGACGUGGAGGCAAACACCUUGAAAUCAUGUCUUACCUCUCAGAUACACUUCCCCAAGAAUAAGAGGAAACGGGGAGAGCGCAAGGCCGGUUCUGGGAACUGGAGUCGCCAGCGGCCAGGUGAAGCUGAAAGCUAACGAGUUAUUAGAGCCUCAACUAUCUCUACUCUACUGUGUCAGGGAAGGCUAGUUCUGCGCAACGCAGGCGCGCCUCCAAUGGUCUAAUGAGGUAACACACCUUAGUCACUUCCUUUUUUUUUUUUUUUUUUCUUUUUUUUUGUGGGCUCAUUGAGCCAAGUUGUUAGUUCAGUUUAGGAAGUGCAGCCAUAAUGCUGCAUUGUAUUGUAUGUGCAGCUUCUCGUUUGUAGUCAUCAAAUCACUGCUGGAUUCCAGUUUUUGUUGUUUCAUUUGAUGGCUUCAAA